GUUUUAUUGUUAGGGGAAAAGAUUAAUGGGUUCAUGGCCUCCACCACCAAGAAGAAGAAGAGCGUGAUUUAAGCUCCGUUGAGGAAUCGUGUAACGACGAUUCCAAAUUAGAAACCCUAAUUUAAUUCCUCCUCUCCACUAUCUUUAAGGUGCGGGGGGGUUUUCUGUUCCUUGAUAUACACGUCUCCUCUCUUGAAUCCAAACCUCUUUCAACGCACCCUUCUCCUUUGUUCUUCGUUCAGAUUCCUACGUGAUGGCGACGACGAGCACAACAAAAGGAAGACCGGACAGGCAGAGCAGCCUGACCAGAUCCAGAUCCCUCGGCCGAAAGCCGAAGCCUCCCGGUUCGUCAGAACACAACUCAACCCCCGAUGGUUCGGACCACAAACCGGACAAGCCUUUGCCAAACUAUCUCAAACCAACAAUAAGCUCAAGACCUGACCCCGUCAAGUUCUUGAAAAAGGGCCUCGACGACAACCACAAGCUCCUCCGUCGACGAUCCUUUGACCAUCCUCCUUCUUUCUCUUCCCCUACUACUGCUUCUACCUCGUCCCCACGAGAUAGACCCUCGGUUUCUAGAGACAGUCACAAGCCUAUCACGGGCCGCUCUUCGUCUUUCCAUGGCAGCAAAACCGGCCCUAGAGGAGGCGGUUCCAUGAAAUCACCUCCCGUGGCUCCGGGUCCAAAGGGCAUAAUGCAGAGCGGUCUGAGCACUAGCAGUUCUUCCUUUCACAGUAAAAAGGAAGGUUCUUCUUUGAUUGAUUCAAAGAAAACUUCAGAGAAGGAAAUCGCCCGAGAAUCUCCUCACGAGGAGGAACAGGAGAUCGUGAAGGUUGAGACCGAUGCAGGAGUGGUGUCUGAUUAUGAUAGAGAAGAACCAAAGUCAGAAGAUAAAGAAGAGCAAUCCAAUGAAUCCAGUGAAGAGAAGAAGGGAAGUGAUCAAACGGAUGCAUCCCCUGUUUUAGAUUGCCCUGAUGCCACCAAAGAAGAAGGAGAAGAGAUACAUGAGGAUAAAGCAGUGGAGCAAAUAGAGGAAACGAAAGCACCCGAGGAAACCCUAGACAACGAGGAUGAACACAAGAUGGAGGAGAGCAGUGGUGAAGUGGCGGCCACUGACGUGAAGGAAGCUGCAAGUCUCAAAGAGAGUACAGAAGAAGAGAAAGCAAACGACACAGAACAAGAGAAUGAAACUGAAAGCAGCAAUGUCAAAGAAGAAACAUCAGAAACAAAGGAAGUGGUAGCAGAGUCACCCGAGGCGACAAAGAGGCAAGUGGUGCAAGGGAAGAAGGAAUCUCCAUCAGCCUACAAUGACGUGAUAGAGAAGACGGCAAGUAAGUUACUUGAAAACAGGAAGAACAAAGUCAAGGCACUUGUCGGUGCCUUUGAGACCGUUAUUGACUAUGAGACUGCUGCAUCCAAGUGAUAUAUAUAUAUAUAUAUAUAUGCACAGGCAAACACAGAAAAAAAGACUUUUUAUUAGCUUCCUAAUGCUUGUGAGGCAGAAGGGCAUUCCAACAUCAAUCCAUCAGCGGCUAAUGUUCCCUCUCUUUCAUCCUUUGCUUGUUCAUUUUCUCUUCUUUUGGUACAGCGUCCAAUUUCCAAAGAAUGAAUUGUAUGUUUUUUCUUUUCUCAAUUUUGAAUGCGAACAAAACGAUGUUUCAUCGGUACUGCACA